AUGAAGAACUGGGCAGGAGAAAAACGAGUUACACUAAUCAUGGAUAACGCAUCCUAUCACAGCAGACAGAUUGCAAAAAUACCCAGCACCAGUUCGACCAAAGCAGAAAUAGCUGGAUACUUGUCCUCGAAGGGUGUCACAGUGAGAAAUAAUGUUACAAAAGCCGUCCUUCUGGAUCAGCUUCACGACUACAUAGAGGCCAGAGGGGGUCGAGACGCACUUCGAGAGUAUGCUGUGGAUCGCAGGUGUGCCGAAUUAGGAGUCAGCUUGAUACGUCUGCCACCGUUCCACUGCACCUUCAACCCCAUCGAAAAAUGUUGGAGCCAGCUGAAGGCUCAUUUAACUAAGUAUGGUAAAGUUACGGAUAAAAUCGACACGGUAAGAGCAAGGGCAGUGGAAUGGAUGCGUAGCGUACCUCCGUCGUUCACAUCAGCUUGGUUCCGCUUUGCACGAAAAGAAGAAGCUGCAGCACGUUCCAAGGAAGAAAUUGACCGCGCAGAGGAGAGUUCGUCGGAUGAUACUUACGAAUCCUCUGAAGAAGUCGAAGAGGAAGAAGAUCAAGAGGAUGAACUGGAGUGA